GUGGGGCGGGUUUGCUGCUCACUCCUUCAGUCAGUCGCCUCAAGUUGGUCGGGCAGAAGGGAGCGAAGGAAGCAAAGCCAUGGAGAAGACCCGGCGGCCCGUAGUGGUGACUGGGUUCGGUCCAUUUGGGGAGUAUUCUGUCAAUGCCAGCUGGAUCGCAGUUCAGGAGUUGGAGAAAAUGGGCCUCGGAGAGGAUGUGGAUCUACAUGUCUACGAGAUUCCUGUUGAGUAUCAGGCUGUACAGAGGCUCAUUCCCGCCUUAUGGAAGAAACACAGCCCACAAAAAGAAAAAGAAAGAAAAGAGAAAAGGAAGGAAGGAAGGAAGAAAAGAAAGAAAGAAAAAGAAAGAAAGAAAGAAAGAAAGAAAGAAAGAAAGAAAGAAAGAAAGAAAGAAAAAGAAAGCCAACAGAAAUACUGCAAAAAGGCUUGUAGUUCACGUGGGACUGUCUGGCAUGGCCACAACGGUGACGUUGGAAAAAUGCGGCCACAACGUGGGAUACCGGGGUUUGGACAACUGCCACUUCUGCCCAGGUUCCGAAUGCUGCAUUGAAGGGGGCCCAGAAUGCAUUGAUUCGAUCAUCGAUAUGGAUGCCGUGUGCAAGAGAGUCUCUGCAUUGGGACUGGAUGUCACAGUCACGAUAUCAGAGGAUGCUGGGCGGUAUCUGUGUGACUUCACGUACUACACUUCCCUGUACCAGAGCCACGGGCGAUCUGCAUUUGUCCACGUGCCUCCCUUGGGAAAGCCAUACAGCGCAGAACAGCUGGGCCGUGCACUCCAGGCCAUCAUAGAGGAAAUGCUUAAUGUCUUAGAACAAUCUGAGAGCAACAUCAACUGUCAUAACGAACAUUGAACUCGGGCCAAAGUCCCCGCCUCUUUACUUUCCUCAUGGUUGCACUUCCAAAAACUUUUCUCCUGUUCUUACAGAAUCCCAGCUGGCGGCGUCCACGUAGAGGAUUGAGAACAGAAAUGGAUUCCUGGCACUCCUGAGGAGAUACAUUUUGGGAGAUCCUCCUUUGCUUCUCUUUCGAUUCCAGCCAAACUAGCUCUCGCUAGCUUCUCGGGGUCCCCAUCGGUGUUCAGGUCCUGCAAAGAUCGUUAAGCGGAUUGAGAGGAUUUGCCAGUUAGGCAGUUGCUCCAGUUGUCUGAUGUGCUCCAGUUCAAUUUUGCAAGGUCUUUGUGUUUUCAGAAGGACAAUUCGAUGGUUCCACUCAACUUGUAGCAGUGCUUUCGGUUCAAAAUGUAGGACCCUCGCAGGAAGUGAUGUUCCCUUUGCAGGAAGAUGUAUUGUACAUUUACCCGGAAGCUUGGAAGAUUUUUUUUCUUCGCUGCUUAAAACAGAUUCCUCCAAUUUAUAGGGUAGAGUUCUGCUCUUCAUGAGGAACGCUUGGGGAUGGAAAGAGAGGCGGGAACAUUUCCUUUAAUUGACACCUCAUGCCAAAUCUGUUGAUGGGGGGUUUUUUUUUUUAAUUUAAAAAAAAAAGACCAGAUCUCUUUGGAUUUUGCCUUUCCUGACUUCCGUAGCCACCCAUCGGUCUGAAAUGUAGAGCUUCUCUUUUCUUCUGGCCUGCUGGCUUAAUGUGCCGUAGGAACUGGUCUCUUCCCCACCCCACCCCAAAUAGCCCUACCGUAGCUAUCUUUCCCAGUGCCUCAAAGUGAGAUGUUGCUCAAAUAUCCUUUUUGUACCUUAGAAAAAUAACACGGUACAUAUCCUUUUCUAAACCUUUCUGCUCUGCUGGGGAGGGAUGAGACUCUGGAUCAAGAUUAGGAUUUUGGCGUUUCUGCUUGCUUGGAGAAGGGGGUGAAGACUUGCUGGCACCAUCUCCUGCCUGGUGAAGGCCUCUUUUGCUUCAACUCCUGCUUCUGGGCAGAAGUGCCCACGAUUUCUUCAGCAGAGUAGUUCUCCAGGAAUUUCCCCUGGGCUCUACCCUUCGUAAUGCUGAUCGUGGCCCUUACCGGCUCUGUAGAAAACGAUGCUGCACUUUUUACCUAGAUGGGAUUAGGGUAUAAUAUACAUUCAAAAGAUUAAAGACUGUGGGGUUAUUUUUUUUUCCCUUUUAAAACGAGCAGUGUUCAACUUCACUCUAAACAGGGAGACUUUGGGGAUGAAGCAGCAGGAAGCAACUUGUAUGGCAGAACGGAGACUUGGCCACUCUAUAAUCUUGGACAAUGGAAUUGCCCGAUAAAACUGAACUGGCCACCAAAAAAAAAAAAAUAUGAGCAACUCUGGCUAAAAAUGGUGUGGUUUAAAAUGAAACUGGUUCUUCUUUGCUGUAAAAUCAUUCUUGUUUGAAUCUCUCUCUUUUUCUCUCUCUCUCUCUUUAAACUAAUUGAUCCUGCUUUUAUAGUAACUCUCAGUGAGAGCUGCCUUGUGCUUGUCGGCUUGCUAAACCCAGUGGUAAUCUGGUUGCAAGACAAAGGGCUGCUGGGGUUUGAAUGCGUGGCCGUAUUUUGAGACAGUCUUAUGUGAACCUCAUCUGUGCCCCUUUUCGGGUUGCUAAAGUUGCUCUUAAAAUUGUUUGCACACCAGCCUCUUACACUUGCAUUCAGAUUCUAAGCACCCUUUGGUGUGGUAAGUCAGCCAACUUCUUCUGUUUCAUUUAAUAAUUUAUUUUAUUUAAUAUUUUUUUUGUCCAAAUGUGAUGGCUUCUGUGCUUCCCUUCCCCUCCCCCCUCUCCGGUCCCCAUUCUAGCAAAGGUGGGGUCAUGGCAUAGGGUCUACAUUUGUUUUUUUAGGUUUGCAAGCAGUCUUCUUCCUUGGAACACUUUGUAAGAUGGCAAACUGUGCAAGGGGCCCUUUGCCCCCUUUUCUUUAAAAAAGCAAAACAAAACAGCAACAAUGCAGUUUGAGGAACGGAAGGCUGCUGUUUUAGUUCUAAUAAAGUGUAGCUGUGAAAUUUAUAUAUUCUAUUAGAUGGGUGCAGAUAUGCACAUUGUAUAAAGGCUAUCUCUCUUUGAAAUGAUAAGAAUAGGUGACCUGGAUAUUUUGUUUUCUUUAAGAUAUGAAAUGGUUUAACAUUUAAAUGGAAGGAAAGGUAGAUUGUUACAAUUAAAAACCUCCUUUUAGGGGACCAGACCUGGGGUUUUUUUUUAGAGAUGGUUACCCUUACUGGAAAUUUCUCUCCCUCAUUCUUCCUUUCUUAAAAUUACAUUUUCUUUUUAUCGUCUGUUUGCUAAGGGAAUGGGAUUUUUCAGGCUUCACUGCAAAAUCCUUUGCAAGGUUGGAGUGACUUGAUUUCAGAGAAAGCUUCUUGGAACGGUGAGAAGAUUUGCCUGGUACCACCGUCUCAUCCUGUGGAUUUGACAAUACUUCAGUUUUCAGACAGUCACUUUAUAGCAGAGUUUCCCAACCUGGCUAAUUUUAAGAUAGCACUUAGACUUUUACACCGCUUCGUAGUGCUUUACAGCCCUCUCUAAGCGGUUUACAGAGUCAGCCUAUUGCCCCAAACAAUCUGGGUCCUCAUUUUACUGACCUUGGAAGGAUGGAAGGCUGAGUCAACCUUGAGCCAGUCAGGAUUGAACUCCAGGUUGUGGGCAGAAUUAGCCUGCAAUACUGCUUUCUAACCACUGCGCUACCAUGGUAUGCUUGCUGGGGAAUUCUGGGAGUUGAAGUUCAGAUGUCUUAACAUUGUCAAGGUUGGGAGAUGGUGCCCUACAGUAACUCCAUUUCUGAUAAUAUGCGUUCAAGCAAGAGCGUCAAGCAUCCUGGUCUGUCCAUACUGACACAAGGAUUCUUGUGCUAGUCCUCCACCAUCCCUUGUGUCAUGUCCCCCUCCCCCUCCGACGAACGAGUCAAGGAAGUCCGUAACAAACUUGGCAACAAAGCCUCUGCAGCUUGCCAAGUUUCUUUGAGGUUUAUCAGGGCAGGCAGGAGUCCAAGUUGUGACUUCAGCGAUAGGGUCCGAUAUCAGCAAACUAGAUAAGACUUUGCUUGAUUCAAGGUUGGAAUGCCAAAAGCAGGUCCUUUAUAUAGGCUGUGGGGUGUGGCUCCAUGACUCAGCAUUUAUCCAGGCCUGCCCCACCCCUCCUUCUGCUGGCGUCGCCUCUGAGAUCUCCGGAAGCGAGGGUCCACCCACUCUAAAUUGUCUUCAGCUGGAUCUGCUGUCAGCGUCUGGGAAAGGGAGGAGUCAGAGGGAGUAGGCCCGAGUAAUUCUACCACCUGGCUGGCUUCCUGCUCUGAAGGCUGAGCCAAAGGAACAGAUGCUGUAUGAGUGAGGUUUAUCGGACUUCUCCUGUCACUCCUUGAAUCCUCUCCAGGCAUGGGGCCAGGGCCGGGGGCUGGAGUCAUGACAGGCCGUUCAUCUUCAUUAUCAGACUCGGGAGUCUGAUAAAAGGCCCGGUUGGAGACGGGAGGGGCCCGGCUGAGGAGAGGAGGGAGGACGAGUCACAACACCAUGUGUGUUUUUCCUUCCAUGGAACUUUUAGUUCCCUAAUAAUCACACCAUGGGUUGUGUUCACAAACUUCUGAAUCCACCAUACCUUUUCUGGAUGCUCUAAACAUGCAUUCUGACUUAGAAUGUGUAUCAUGUACAUACAGAUAGUUCUUGACUUACGACUGCAGUUGGGACCAGAAUUUCCAUUUCUAAACAAGGCAGUUGUUAAGACAGUCAUGCCUACUUUAUGACCUUUUUGGCCGUGGUUGUUUAGCAAAUCACUGCAAUUUGUUAAGUGAAUCAUGCCAUCAUUAAGCAAAUCCAGUUUCCCCCAUUCUUUGCUUGUUGGAAGCUGGCUAGAAAGGUUGCUUAUGGUGUUUAUAAUAUCCAAGGACACUGCAGCUGCUCUAAAUAUAUGCCAGGGGCCCAAAAUUUGUUGACAUGACCCUGGGAAUGCUGGGAUGCGAGAACUGAUCAAAGCCCCUUUUUCAGUGCUGUUGUAAUUUUUGAAGUCACUAAAUGAAUAGUUGUAAGUAAAGGACUACUAGUACUUAGUAGAAAUAGAUUAAAAAUUAUUACUUAUUCAUUUUGCGUCCCUCUAAUUGACAACUUCAGUUACUGGGAUGUAAAUUAUUAUGACGGCAAUCUGAAACAUUUUUUUUUAACCAGCUGUUUUUAAAGCAAAAUUAUUUGUGUUUAGUGCAGCACAGGUAAUUUGUUAGUAUUGUGUGCAAACAAAUACAGAGCUUUGCUUGGAAGCUUAUUUUUACUGGAAGAUUGGUAAAAGUGUGAACAGACUAUUCAGUAGUGUAUCUUUAAAGUGUUUACAACAGUUGAGAAUGUUGAAUUUGGCACAGGAAAGAGGUGUGCAUGUAACCUAAAACUUCUCAAGAGACCUUUUGCCCAGAAUUUGGGGAGGGGAAAGGGAAAAUCAGGCUUUGUAGUGACAUUUUCUGGUGGGACGUGUGGCAUGGCUUUGAAAACAGGAGCCCAGAGGACAGUUGCUUCUCUUAAUGCAGAAUAUAGGGUGCUUCUGUAUAAAUCAUUUUAAGCCUUAUUGUGGUAUCAGGCCAGCCAAAGCCCCACAGAAUGCAAAAGCUGUCGUUUUUUGGGAUCUCUCUGAUUUUCACAUGUUGUCCCAGCUUGUAGAGAGAAGUUUUAAGAAUGGAUAACUCUACUUUCCAGCCUCCGACCCUAUGGCUGAGUUCGGGAUCAGAACCCUGGAUUAUGUCUGCUGCAGCAUGUUAUUUUUUUCUUCUUCCUGGUUCAGCUGCACCCCUCACUCCUGGGUGUGCAGAAGGAAGAUCUCUCUAUGCUACAAAUUGGGGCUGUUGCCCCACUUCACCAGCUCUGAUUGGACCUCCGUGUCUCUGUUGUUUUUCUAAUGAAAAUGUUGCCUGACUAACUUCCACAAUAGGGGUUGGCGUAAAGGGUGGGUGGGAGUGGGUGGGGACUGAUGAACAGCAAUUUGAUCAUCAGCACAGUGUCCUCUGGUGAACUGUCCCAUCGGUUGCAAACUUCCACACUGCUAAAUCAGAAUUUGCCUUGCCGAACAGGCAGACUCAGUCUAGCAGCCUUAGCAAUGUAAUUAGUACUUGUUUGAUAAUUCCUAAUCUUUUUGUGACUUUCCUGAAAAAAUAAGCUCCACUUGAAACCCCAGAAGUCAUCCAGAGUCCUCUAAUUCAGGGAAUGGCACCUAUGACAACUUUACGACCUGUGGACUUCAACUCCCAGAAUUCCUGAGUUACCAGCCCUUGUUAAAAGAAACCAGAUUUUGUAAACCAGCACUUAAAAAUGAGUUUUACUUGUGGUUUCUUCCCAAAAGUAAAGACCUAACUUUUAGAAUGGGUUUAUAAAUCACAUUCGGCUAACUAUCAAAUACAGAACACUGUUCAUUCCUUAGUUAUACUUACUUAAAAGAAACCUAUUUACUCAGAGCAACAGAAUUACCCAGCCACUACAGCUAGUCCUCAAUCUACUACCACAGUUGGGAAAAGAAUUUCCAUUGCCUCGCAAGAUGGUUAACUGAGUCGUGCCUGAUUUUAUGACUUUUUUUAGCCAUGGUUAAGCAAAUCACUGCCAUUGUUAAGGGAAUCACAUUUUUAAGCAAAUCCAGUUUCCCCCAUUAACUUCGCUUGCCAGAAGGCGGCUGGGGAGGUCACAAAUGGCAGUCACAUGACACCUGGGAUUCUGUGACCAUUGUAAAUGGAUGCUGGAUGCCUAACACCUGAGUUUUGAUCGCAUGACUGGGGAUGCUGCAGUAGUCAUAAGCAGGAGAACUGGUUGCAGGUCUCUUGUUUUCAGUGGCGUUGUAACUUCGAAUGGUCACUAAACAAAGCCAAGGACUACCUUUAUACCUGGGACUCCAGUGUGGAUCAAAUGUUGGACAGACCCAAAAGUACCCUUUGCAUUUAGGGCAGGGGUGUCCAUCUUUGGCAGCUUUUAAGCCCUAUGGACUUCAGUACCCAGACUUCCUCAGACAGCCAUGCUUGGACACCCUUCCUUUUGGGGCUGGAGAGUUGCAGCCACCACCUUGGGCUUUGGACCAUAUAGAGCCAAGGUGGCGCAGUGGUUAGAGUGCAGUACUGCAGGCUAUUUCUGCUGCCUGCCGGCUUGCCUGCAAUUUGGCAGAUUGAAUCUCACCAGGCUCAAGGUUGACUCAGCCUUCUGUCCUUCCGAGGUUGGUAAAAUAAAGAUCCAGAUUGUUGGGGGAAAUAUGCUGACUCUGUAUACCGCUUAGAGAGGGCUGUAAAAGCAUUGUAAAGUGCUAUAUAAGUCUAAGUGCUAUUGCUAUAUGCUGCAGACACCCCUGGAUGCCUGUGUUUAGAUGCUCGACUCCAUUUCCAGAGGAUUGAAGCAGAGUUCCCCUCAACCUCUGGCAAUGCCUCAGAUUACCUCUCAAAACGCCACUUGGCUCAUGUGCCUGCCCUUCGGGUCUGCAGCUCCUUGGAGACUGACCAUCUGCUAAAGCUGCCGAAUUUUGUCAAGGUCUGGAAUCCUGACCUCUGAAAUCACCCGAAAUGGUUUUGUUUUUUCCAUUUGAGUUCUCUGACUUUUGUUUUCAUUCUGUUUUCAUCUCCUCAGGAAUCUCUUUUCAAUAAAACUCUGGACCUUUCGUUUCAUCUUCCCCCUAACUAGAAAAUGUAAUUUAUUCUAUAAUUUCCCUUUUUUUUUUUUUUUUCAUUUUUUUGCAAACCAGUUAAUUUUAGGGGACGGUUGUUUUCUUUCCACAGAACUACUGUCUUCAGUACUAAGCACCUGCGUAUUUUUUAACGGUUGCAUUAAACUCCUUUUAUUUAAUCAA